AUGGGAAUAACUAUACGCCAGGCUACGAUUGAGGAUGUCCAGGCCAUGCAAAAUGCAAACUUGCACAAUCUUCCCGAGAAUUACCAGCUAAAGUACUACAUGUAUCAUAUUCUUAGUUGGCCACAAGCGUCAUUUGUGGCUACUACAAGCACAAUGGAUAGUGAGGGAAAAGAAGAAAAAGUUGUUGGAUACGUUCUUGGGAAAAUGGAAGACGAUCCAGAAGCAGCCGAUAAAACCCCUCAUGGUCAUAUUACGUCGUUAUCGGUGAUGAGAACGUACCGUCGAAUGGGGAUAGCUGAGAAAUUGAUGCGUCAGUCGUUGUAUGCCAUGUGUCAACUGUUUGAUGCCAAGUACGUUUCUUUGCAUGUCCGGAAAUCAAAUAGAGCUGCAUUGCACUUGUAUAGAGACUCGUUGCAAUUUGAAGUGCAACUGAUUGAAAAAUCUUACUAUCAAGAUGGUGAAGAUGCGUACGCCAUGAAGUUGGAGUUGGAAUUGGAAAAACUAUUGCCGUCAUCGGCACAAAGAGGUGUUGAAGAUGACUUGGCAAAAGACUUGUUGGAAGAAAUAGCUGUAUAA